CAUGCAACCAUUCUCUAUUCUCCAUUCUGUAUAAAUUCAACACUCUCCUACACUUUUCUUCAACCAUUCACUGCACAACUCAUUGUGCCAUUCGUUGCCUUAUUGCAGAUAAGACCAACCAUUCUUCCUUCAGUUCUGUAUCAAGAUGGCAUCAGUGCAUGCUAAUGUGACACCACUUGUUUGCAAGAAUGGCAACCAUGCUUCUCAAUCGAAAUUUCCAAGUUCUACAUUCUUGCCUGGAUUUGAUGUUGUUGGACGUGUUUCAAGUGCUUGGAAGAAGGAACUUGUUCCACCUUCCAUGACCUUGGUACCUAGAGCCACAUUAACAUUUGAUCCUCCAACUACCAAUUCAGACAAAACCAAUCAAAAGAAGCACACUAUUGACCCUGCUUCUCCUGAUUUUCUUCCCCUUCCUUCCUUUGAACAGUGCUUUCCAAAGAGCACUAAAGAACACAGGGAAGUGACUCAUGAAGAAACUGGUCAUGUGCUCAAAAUUCCCUUUCGUAGAGUUCACCUCUCUGGGGAGGAAGGACACUUUGAUACCUAUGACACUAGUGGUCCCCAAAAUAUAAACCCCAGGAUAGGACUCCCAAAAUUGCGUCAAGAGUGGGUUGACAGGAGGCAGAAAAUAGGUCCACCAAGAUUUACUCAGAUGUACUAUGCCAAGCAGGGAAUUAUCACUGAGGAGAUGCUUUAUUGUGCCGCUCGUGAGAAGCUUGACCCAGAGUUUGUGAGGUCAGAAGUUGCUCGUGGACGUGCUAUCAUUCCUUCCAACAAAAAACACUUGGAGUUAGAGCCCAUGAUUGUUGGAAGAAACUUUUUGGUGAAAGUAAAUGCCAAUAUUGGAAAUUCUGCAGUUGCUAGCUCCAUAGAAGAGGAGGUUUACAAGGUUCAGUGGGCAACUAUGUGGGGAGCUGAUACAGUCAUGGAUCUCUCAACUGGUCGCCACAUCCACGAAACUCGAGAGUGGAUCUUACGCAACUCCUCUGUACCAGUUGGAACUGUACCUAUUUAUCAAGCACUUGAAAAAGUUAAUGGAAUUGCUGAAAAUCUUACCUGGGAGGUUUUCAGGGACACCCUGAUUGAACAAGCUGAACAGGGUGUAGAUUACUUCACCAUCCAUGCAGGAGUUCUUCUGAGAUAUAUUCCAUUAACAGCAAAACGCAUGACAGGAAUUGUCUCCAGGGGAGGAUCUAUUCAUGCUAAGUGGUGCUUAGCUUAUCACAAAGAGAAUUUUGCUUAUGAGCACUGGGAUGACAUUCUUGACAUCUGCAAUCAGUAUGAUGUGGCCCUAUCCAUUGGUGAUGGUCUAAGACCUGGAUCCAUCUACGAUGCAAAUGACACGGCUCAAUUUGCUGAACUCUUGACCCAAGGAGAACUGACCCGUAGAGCAUGGGAAAAGGAUGUGCAGGUGAUGAAUGAAGGACCUGGACAUAUCCCAAUGCACAAGAUUCCUGAAAACAUGCAGAAACAGUUAGAAUGGUGUAAUGAAGCACCUUUUUACACCCUUGGUCCUUUAACAACUGAUAUUGCUCCUGGCUAUGAUCACAUUACCUCUGCAAUCGGUGCUGCAAAUAUUGGUGCACUUGGUACAGCUCUUCUCUGUUAUGUGACUCCAAAAGAACACCUUGGGUUGCCAAACCGGGAUGAUGUUAAGGCUGGAGUGAUAGCUUAUAAGAUAGCAGCUCAUGCAGCUGAUUUAGCCAAAUGUCACCCACAUGCUCAGGCCUGGGAUGAUGCGUUAAGCAAGGCAAGAUUUGAAUUUCGAUGGAUGGACCAGUUUGCUUUGUCAUUGGAUCCAAUGACAGCCAUGGCCUUCCAUGAUGAAACCUUGCCAUCAGAUGGUGCGAAAGUGGCACAUUUCUGUUCAAUGUGUGGCCCUAAAUUUUGCUCUAUGAAGAUAACAGAAGAUGUGAGAAAGUAUGCUGAGAAAUAUGGCUAUGGAACUGCUGAGGAAGCUUUGCAGCGUGGGAUGGAUGCUAUGAGUGCUGAAUUUCAAGCUGCCAAGAAAACUAUCAGUGGGGAGCAACAUGGUGAAGCUGGUGGAGAGAUUUACUUGCCAGAAGCUUACGUAAACUCCAAGGAGAGGACUGAAUGAAUGGAGUAAAUCAUUUGGAAGAACAUGGAGCUAGCUUCCCAGCUGGCCUCUCAGGGUGGGAAUGCAUUUCAAGCAGUAGGAGUAGGCGAAUAAGUUCUGUUUGUAGAGAGCGUUUAUGAACUUCAUCUUUAGUCAACAUUUGUUUUGUUAUCCAAUUCUCAGCAAUGAAUUGCUCUAGUAUCAUAUUGAAUACCA